AGACCAUGAACAUGGAGCAUCGGAGGUUCUCCCUCGACAGCUCAGUGUCCCUGAAGAAUGGUGGUGGAGGAGGUAGUCUGGGCCGUAGGAGAGGCAGCCGCAGUAAGAAGAGCAAAGAGAAGUCGAAGAGUCUAGAGGAGGCCCAGCUGGAGAUCCAGGAGCUGGGACACAGCCUGAACAGGAGCAACUCUCUCAGGUCAGAGACCAUAGAGGAGGAGAGCUUCCACCCGCCUGAUGGCGCCGUUGCCAAAAAUAGUUUUGUGAAAUACAACAAAACCUUCCACAAAUUCUUCCGAGACAUUCCUACAGAGGAGAAACUAACUCAUGUGUUCACCUGUGCCCUGCAGAAGGAGGUGUUGUAUCAUGGGAAGCUAUUUGUGUCUGUCAACUACGUAUGUUUUUACUCCUCCGUACUCCUCAAGGACACCAAGGUUGAGGUCCAUGUGUCCAGCGUGAAGGAAGUGAAGAAGCAGAACUCAGCCCUGUCUAUGCUCUCCAUCCGUACUACUGAUGGAAACAAGUAUUCGUUUGUGUCUUUGCGGAACCGGAGAGUGUGUUAUGAAAUCCUGCAGUCUGUGUGUUCACAAGCACAGCUGGGGGAGCAGGUGGAGAAUGGCAACAGCAGUCCCCACUUCUCAGGAGAGAACGGCGUUGAUGGCGUGGAUCGGGACAUAGACACAAUCUCCAGCAAUUCCAGCCGGGAGGACAGUGUGGAGCGGAGCCUUCCUAUAGAGGCCGUCUACUCUGACCUGCCCAGCAGCGCUGACUCGUGGGUUUGGAUUGUCACUGAAAGGGUUAAAACCCUCCUCCUUAUCAGAGAUAUGCGCAACCUCAAUGUCCUCCUAUCCAUCUGUCUGUUUCUGGCGGUGUUGCUAAUACUGUCAUCGGGGUACAUCGGUUUGCGGAUCGUAGCUCUGGAGGAGCAGCUGAGUUCUCUAGGAGCCCUGCCAGAGUUCUCCAUACACCUCAGAGAGGAACAGGAAACAGCCUGAAGAGACCUACAGCCAGGGAGGAUUGGCUAUUUGGAUAUUCUGGCAAAUACCAGACGGGCUGGACCAUUUUUUUGUUGGGUGGGCUGGUUGAAAAUGGACACUAUAGAAAAAAAGUGUUGUUUUUUUAAACAUAGAAAAAGGUGACAUGGCAAGCGGCCUAUGAGCUUGUUAAGAUAACAGAUUUUUUUACAAUUUCUAUGCUAAUAUGCCCGUGCUUCUACACCUGCAUUGCUUGCUGUUUGGGUUUUAGGCUGGGUUUCUGUACAGCACUUUGAGAUAUCAGCUGAUGUACGAAGGGCUAUAUAAAUACAUUUGAUUUGAUUUUGAUUGGAGUAUAAAAAACAUUAAGAUGGCCCGGUUUUCUGCUAGGCUGAGGUCACACAAACUCACAUUGAAAGUCAAACACAGCAUCAGCAAAGAUGACCUGCUUCAACUCUGUCAUCAGUUAGACAGCCAAGAUCAUGGAUCAUAAAAAAAUGAAAAGGGUGCCUGUAAACGUAGAAAGAGCAUAUUCUACAUUGUCACUUCACUGAAAAACAUCCUAAUUUUGGGACAGCUAAAGAAAUGAUUUUGUCAAACAGUGAAGUGCAUUAUCCUCAUGAUUCCUGUAAUGUAAGUGUCUUCCCUGUGCCCUCGCUGGGGCCUACUGCUGUGGUGAGCGAGCCACUCUCCUCUCCUUCCAUGCACUCGAGAGAAACAUUUAUUCUGAUCAUAUAACAUUUCAAAAUGAAAUUGCGGGGGGAAAAAAACAGAGCUUUAGAAGCUUCAUCCAAUUGUCCCUGUUGAAGAGAGGAGGGUUUCAGCUUUCUGUCAGUAUAAUCUUUAUUUCUCAACUCUCAUUAGCAACUAUUUUACAAUCAAGACAUUUUAUAAGGCUUUGAGAUAUGGAGUGGAGUGUGCUCAAAACAUGCACCAGCAUAGGCCUCAUGGGUAGUAGCCUACAACUGAACGGUUUUUAGGACAUUACAUUUACGGUUGGAUGAAUACAUGGCUACUAGCAGUGGGUAUCACAGGCGGCUGGUGGCACCUUACUUGUGGAAGACUGCUCAUAGUAAUGGCUACAACGGAGUUAAUGGAAUGGUAUCAAACACAUCAAAAACAUUGUUGUUUCCAAGUGCUUGAUACCAUUCCAUUUACGGCAUUCCAGCCACGUUUAUGAGCCAUCCUCCCCUCACUAGCCUCCGGUGGUGGGUAAUAUAUUUAGAGUUUGAUCUAAUUAAUGCGUUUUGAGUUUCCACUUCCUCAGGUGUUGAACCACAAAUUAAUUAGCCUAUGAUUUUAGUUAGUGCACAUAAAACAUGUAAUUCAUCUCUCUGGAACAAAAAAAACAAACAUAUGGAUAUUCUGGAAUCCUAUUUUGACAGUAAAAUAGCAACUAUAGUCUAAUUGUCAACCCAAAAUUCAUGACAAUCACUGGAUUUGCACAUCAAAAUAUCUUGAAUCAUGCUUAGACAUGUUUCUUGAGCUAGUGGCGUGCGCAGUGGUGGGCCAAUGUGAAUGAAAUGGCAGAGGCAAAUUCUUUUCCCAGUCCGCCCUGCCUACAGUAGGAAGACUAAAUACCAAAGCCACAGUACAACAAACUACAGUAUAUAAAGGGUCUCAAUUAAAAUGUAAUCUCAUGAGCUGGGCAAUUGUUAAUGGGUCCCCGGUUCAUUUGAGGAGACAGAUCACUUAAACCUCAAAUAUGGAAAACCUUGACUUCACACAAAGCAGCUUUUCUUUGUUUGUUGCUAGCCUAUAUUUCAUAGGAUAUAUUGUUUUGUUUGUUGCUAGCCUAUAUUUCAUAGGAUAUAUUGUUUUGUUUGUUGCUAGCCUAUAUUUCAUAGGAUAUCUUUUUUUUAAUCAGUCAGUCCACUCCUAAAAUCUAGUUGGUUUACGGCACUAUUCAUUGGUCUCAGCUUAACUGGUAAUGAAUAUGUUGUUCUCUUUGGAAAGGAAUAAUGUAAGUCAGAAGUGACUUUAAUCUGAAAUUUGCUGGCAAAUUAAAUUAUUUAAUGACAACUUUUACUUCUUAAUUAAUAGAAUGACUCCAUGGCAUCUUUCUGUCAGUAGCACUAACAGGCCAGCAGGGGGCACUCUCCCCGCAAAACCAAGAGCAAUGAAACAGAAAUACUGUACACCAUGAUUAGUACUAUAUCAAUCAGUGUAGUAUACUUUCAAUGUAUACAAGUGUAUUUAAUAAGCCAUUCAAAAAAAUAUUCACAGUUCUUGAAUGUCUGUAAAUAAAAAUAUUGAUAGUUCAUACAAGGCACUGUAAUUAGAGGCAAGAAAAAGUAUGAGAAUCCUUUGAAGUUACCUGGAUUUCUGCAUACAUUUUACAUAUCAUUUGACAACAAUAGACAAACACAGUGUGCUUAAACUAAUAACACAUUGUAUUU